AAGUUCCUGACUCUCUUAAAUUUCUCUCCAGAGACUGAGCUUUUCUUCUCUUCUUCUUUCUUCUUCUUCUUCUUGCCAUCCCUCUCCCUUCUUUUUCUUCACCCCAUCGAAGAUACCCCCUCACAUCCAUUCACCAUGUCUUCUUACGCCCUUCCCAAGUCCCACCAGGACCUCAUGGAGAAGUCUUUGGUCGACACUGACUCUGAGGUCGCUCAGAUCAUGGAGCGAGAGAUCCAGCGUCAGCGCGAGUCCAUCCUCUUGAUCGCGUCCGAGAACGUUACCUCCCGCGCCGUCUUCGACGCCCUUGGUUCACCCAUGUCCAACAAGUACUCAGAGGGUUACCCAGGUGCCCGUUACUACGGUGGUAACGAGCACAUCGAUGCCGUCGAGCUCCUCUGCCAGAAGCGCGCCCUUGAGACCUUCGGCCUCGACCCUGAGAAGUGGGGUGUCAACGUUCAGUGCUUGAGCGGUAGCCCUGCCAACCUCCAGACCUACCAGGCCAUCAUGAGGCCACAUGAGAGGCUCAUGGGAUUGGACCUUCCCCACGGUGGUCAUUUGAGCCACGGUUACCAGACCCCUCAGAGGAAGAUCUCUGCCGUUUCCACAUACUUCGAGACCUUCCCUUACCGAGUCAACCUUGACACUGGUCUCAUCGACUACGACCAGCUCGAGCAGAACGCCCUCAUGUACCGCCCCAAGGUCCUCGUUGCCGGAACCUCCGCAUACUGCCGUGAGAUCGACUACGCCCGCUUCCGCGAGAUCGCCGACAAGGUCGGUGCCUACUUGAUGAUGGACAUGGCUCACAUUUCCGGUCUCAUCGCCGCUGGCGUUAACAAGUCCCCCUUCCCUUACUGCGACAUUGUCACCACCACCACCCACAAGUCUCUCCGUGGUCCCCGUGGUGCCAUGAUCUUCUUCCGCAAGGGUGUCCGCAAGACCGACCCCAAGACCGGCAAGGAGACUCUCUACGAUCUCGAGGGUCCCAUCAACUUCUCCGUCUUCCCCGGUCACCAGGGUGGACCCCACAACCACACCAUCACUGCGCUCGCCGUUGCCCUCAAGCAGGCCCAGUCCGAUGAUUUCAAGGCCUACCAGCAGCAGGUCAUCAAGAACGCUAAGACCCUCGAGAUUGCCUUCAAGGAGCUCGGCUACAAGCUCGUCACCGAUGGCACGGACAACCACAUGGUUCUCCUCGACCUCAAGCCCCUUUCCCUUGACGGUGCCCGUGUUGAGGCUGUCCUCGAGCAAAUCAACAUUGCCUGCAACAAGAACACCACCCCCGGUGACAAGUCCGCUCUUACCCCCAUGGGUAUCCGUAUCGGCGCACCAGCCAUGACCUCCCGUGGUCUCGGCGAGGAGGACUUCAAGAAGAUCGCCAACUACAUCGACGUCGCCGUCAAGCUGUGCAAGACCAUCCAGGGCGAGCUCCCCAAGGAGAACAACAAGCUCAAGGACUUCAAGGCCAAGGUCGCCUCCGGCGAGGUUGAGCAGAUCAACAACCUCAAGAAGGAGAUCGCUGCCUGGGCCAGCACCUUCCCUCUCCCCGUCUAAAUUCCCAAAUACCCUCUUCCCUCUAUUUCUCCUGCAUAGUGCAAAACAUGUUUUCUCUUUUGUGCCGUCUUCAACUCGACAAAGACGAAGACUACGAUGAUGUAUGGGCGGCGUUUCUUGGCGGUGGUGUUUCAACAGAAAAAAAGUGUCUGGCAUAUAUUCAUUCAACAUCUACGGCGAACAUUGAUGGUUCGCCUCCUCGCAUUCCGGUUUUUCUUUAGAGAACGAUACACCAGGCUUAAAUUUGGAGGGUGUGCAGAGCAGACUGAGCCCUGUAAAAAUACAAUAACUUGAUAUUUACAUUUCAUUAAUUUUCGGUUUGGAGUUGC